AAUUGAAACAUAACCUAACAUCAAAAACGGAUAUCUAACGCAGGAUUGACUUGUAAAAACGUGAUAAAAAGUCGAUUGUUUGUUACAGAUUGAUUAAUACUGCGAUCUAGUUAGGUAAAAUAAUUCCAGCACAGUUCUGUGAAAUAAGAAGAAUAUAUAUUUAGAAUGUUUGUUUCAACAUGGGAUGAAUUCGAGAAAACAGCACAAAAUAUUUACCUUCAAGAUCCUCUUAGGGCAAGGUACUCUCUCAAGUACAACCAUUCCCGGAGUUCACUCUCUGUGAAAAUGACAGACGAUGUUACAUGUGUUCAAUACAAGACAGAAGUCGCUCAAGAUGUGCGAAAAAUAGAAAAGUUUAUCAACAACCUAAUGAGGCAUAUGACGUCUAAAAAUGCAACAUGAUCCUGAUCAAUUCCAUAAGUUAUAUCAAUAAUUUUAAGUAAAUAGUUUUUUAACUGCAAA